AUCAGUCGAUCCGGAAGCUAUCCUGGAGGCACAGGCUCUGUGGACUUCAAGUCGGAAGCAUUGCAAUGAUCGGAAGCAAUGCGAGGGCCGGAAGCUAUUCGCCCCGCCUACGCGCCCAGGGGUGUUUCAGUGCCGUCAGCCACUGAGACACCAUAAUGGCGGUGAGAUACAAAAGACGACCGCCGUUCGAGUAUCUUGCCUUCGAACCUCAACAUUCACCAGCAUCACUACCGCUGUUGAAGUCCAAAGACCCACCUACCUAACCCAACCUUCAAACAACACCCGCCUUACCUCUGCCUCACCCGCAGCCUCAUCCCCACAAGAUGACUUCCACCACCACGCAGAUGGAUCCAAACCUCCUUGCUCUGGCUCGGUUCUGUCAGCAAAGGGAACCGUGCGACGCCAUGAGGAUGUAUGCUAAUGCACCUGCCACCGACGAGCUCCUCCGGCCUCGAGCACCUCCAUCUCAGGAAACCAUCGAGCUCGAGCAUGAGCAUGCCAUCACACUCGGGCGUGCCAUCGAGUCGCACUGCACCCCAAAUGGAGUCCCACAAGAAGAGCAGAAGAAGAAGAAAAGCCGACUCGCUCGCACUUUCCGGUUCAUCACUGUGCUGCUCCUCUGCAAGAAGAAGCGAACCAGCCAGGCUGCUACCCAGGAUCCGGCCCAGAAUCCUCCCGUGCUCGCCCCUAUCGAGGUUUCCGAGGAGUCCCUGGUAGCUAGCUUCGAGUGCACCGUCUUCCCGGCACAGCAUGAGGAUCACUCGAUGCCUGCUAUGCCUCACUCCCCCAGCUCCUCUGCCACGCAAGACGAGCAUGGCUACUUCAGUGACCAGAACAAGCUGCCUACUACCUCUUCGGUCAUCUCCAGGAACCUAGAGUGCCCACACCGCCUUGAGAGCCAGGACAGCCUGCCCGAAGACUCCCCCCUUGGACUUCUCUGCCGACAGCUCAGCACCGAGAACAUGGAUGCCCUCCAGGCGCAGCCUCAGAACCAGCCCCAGCCCCAGCCUGCUCUUGGCAAAUGCACUUCCGACGGCGACGUUCUCGAAGCACUCAACAAGCGCGCAGAGGAGCUUUCCCUGCCCUGGUCCUACGUCUACUCUGAAGGAGGAGAUCUGAUCCGACGACCUGCCAUUAGGCGCCAGCGUCGAGUCGGGCGCGCACAGGCACAGGCUGCUACCCACCACCAGCUGCCAGACACGCUGAGCACCGACACUCCCAUCCCCAUCAUUACCUUGACCAAGCCUGUCGAGGAGAGAAACGAUGUCGUAGCGCGCACCCUUGUGCUUUUCGACCCCACCAUCGAGGCAGACCUGCCCUUGUCUUCUUCCUCCUCCUCUGUGGAACUCUCCUCUGGACCUUCCUCUGGAGAUUCCAGCUCCUCUGGUUCAGUCUACUCCAACGAAGCCGAAUUCGGUGAGGAUGAUGCCGACGUCGAGCCCUUCCACAUUGAAGACGAGCAUGAGCACCAGCACCAGCACGAAGCAGAGCAGCCCACUGAGCAGUGUGCCCACACGGAAGAGCACACAGGCGAGCUCCCUCCCCCUCCCCUCUACCUCUGGGACUGGCGCAUCGAAUCGCACUCGGCCUUCCCUUCACGCUUCAACGUCGACUCCGUCACUGCCGCCAACGUCGACGCUGCCCACUUGGCGCUCGGCGCGGGCCGCGAAGCAGCUGUCCCUGUAGCCGAGGAAGUAGACGCAGGCUUCGACUCGGGAUUCGAGGCGGAUGCGGAUAGCAGUAGCGAUGCUACCGUCACGCCUGCUUCCCUGGGUCGAUUGGCCCCUCGGAGGAACUUGGGAAGCUGGUUCACAGAGGUCUUCACUCGCAGGUUCUGGUGGUGAUCACGCAGGGGGAGAAGAAAAGUAAGAAGAAAGGACAAGGAAAUCAAAAUCAGGAAGGAAGGAAGGAAAGCCAAAGGAGGGAGAAGGAAAGUGAAAGUGAAAGUAGGGAAAGGGAGAAAAAAGGGAGAGAG